UAAUAUUUCAUGGAUGAUUUUAAAUAUGUAAUAAGAUUAGUCAAAUCAUUCCCUAAGGAAUCUCAUGUUACAUAACCGUAAUUCAAUUUCAUUAAUUUAUUACAAUUUAUUUAUUUAUAACUUUAUCAAACAAAAUCAGUUGUGGUUCAGUUCAGCAAAACAAUUGUAGCACCUACUGAAAAUUCAGGAUGUUAAAACAAAAUGAAGCUAUUCUUUAUCACUAUUUUCUAAUAUCUUCAAUCCUCAACAUCAGCAUCUUGAUAAUCUGCACCUUCUAUUUCUCUCCUGCAUCUUGUUAUAGAAACUGUUCUGUUGCCAAAGAGGUUAAAUUGACCAACAGAGGUGAAUGGCUAUUAAAACAAAUUACAUGAAUUCCAAAGGGAUUGCAUUUUUAGCUGCAAGUAGAUAGUAAUGGAAAAUAAAAUAAUAGUAAGAUUCACUUGCAACUCUAACCUUCAACUCUUGCUGUGAACAAUGAUUAUUGGUGUUGAUUCAUAGUUAAUAGGUAACUGUAUUGCAGAAAUUCUUAACCAGUCUGCAACUUAGCUGAUGUAAUAGUAAACAUCUUGCAGAAGGCUUCUAGGCCUCAUGUAAACAAAACAUUGCUCAGUCUGAACAUUUUUUUAAGAUUUUAGCUUUAUGUCUCUUCAUGGCAUUGUUUGAGUUUUAAAAAAAAUAUAAUGAAGCACAUUACAUAUAUAGAACUCCGAAAUUCAAAAGAUGCAUUUGUUUCUUUUUAACCAGCUACACGCUAGUGUAAAGCCACACAGAACUGAUGCAGUGUGGCGGUGGUUAACAUUCCACAACAAAAUUAUUAAUCUGCAGGUGAAGAAAACUCCUCUCUACCAGAAAACCACCUGUGGUUCACUUUCUGAACAUGAGAUAACACUAUGACACUUUGUCAAAAUCAUAUGACAUUUUAGGCUAUAUAAAUAGAAUUCUGUUUCAACUACAGCAAAUCACAUCAUUCACUACUCGUUCAAUACCAUUGGUCAGGAGUGUGUCACAAGUAAAGGAAAAAUUAUGUGCUACGAGUAAAUAUCUACAACAUAUCAAUUUAUUUAAAAGUAAACAAGGAUGAUUUGAAACAGAGGAAUAUGAUGGAAGGAAGAAAACUAUUAACAAUUUUGGCUAAUUUUUACUAAAACCAUUCCUUCCUGUUUUUUUUUUCAUUCAGGCAUAAGAAAAUGGCAUCUAUCUUUUCCUACCAUGUUUUACACUUAAUCGUGCACUUUUCUAAAACUGUGUUUGGUUUGCUUAGUUAAAUAAUGCAUGUAAUACGUAAUCUGCAUAUAUCACAUCUAGUUUGUAUUUACAUGGGAGAAUAGCCUCUUUUGAAAACAUUGUGUUUUACAGCAUGUGAACAUACAACCUGUUCAUAUUCUAUGUGAAACUUAUCACAAAUAUAACAGUCUCACCGGAUGUGCACUGAUCAUAUUGGGCCAAUUUUUUUGUUACCCAAGAAGGAGCUGUGGGCCAUAGUACUGCAAUGAAUCAACUCAAUGAAUGUCUGAAGUUGAAUUUGAAGUAUGUUGUUAACUGAAGACAUGCCAGCUCUUUCCUCUCUGCCUGCUUUGUUUCUUGCACUAUGAGGACUUCCCUGUCAUGUUCCAAUCAUAACAUAAUACAAUAGUUAUGUAGUAUGUUAUACAGUUCCUUGGACAAUGUUGCACAAUUACAGUGAACCUGCAGGAUCAAAGACAAAAAAGACUUUGAAUUGGCCAUAAAGAUGAACAACUGGUAAUCUCUUAAGAUUGUAGUUUUCAGUCGACACACUGACUUUAUCUACCAUGGAAGCUCUGUCUUUUGCAGACAUCAUUCUGAGUCAUAUUUUAGACUGAAUAUGACACAGUUGGAAUGGGCAAUCAUGUGAGUUCAUAAUCAGUAGUUAUGGAGGGGAAAAAUAUCUUCAUCCUUAUUGAAUUUCUCACUGAAAUCCUAGCACAUUUCUGGGGAGCGAUUGUCUUUGGUAUUCAGAAAACAAUGUCUUCUUCCUCCUUGUGAACAUGAUUGACAAACAAAGCUAUGGAUGAAUAUUAUCCAUUAGCAUUUCCCAGGCUGACAUCCACACUGGACUGAAGUUCCCAUAAUUCCCAGAAAAUCCUGUCUAUUAGUCCGCAAUGGCUGGAAAUGCGAGCUGCAAUCUGAUUUACCUGGAUAGACCAGGUUGGGGCAGAUAGAUGCACAGAUGUUAAUGUUUCCAUAGCCAUGAAGAGGGAUGUAUUGGUUUAUUGCUUCUACCAAAAUAAGCAAAAAAAAUUAGCUAUUCGAUACUACAUGCCUUCUAAUGGCAUCCAAUCACUCAGCUCUAAUGUAGCACACACCGUACUGUACUGUACUGGAAUGGCAUAACAGAGGCUUCCGUUACAUCUGUGUUUCAAUUUUCCCCCUUUGCAAUAUGUCCUGCUUUAAAAAUCAUUUGUUGAUUUCUCGGAUUUCCAAAGGUUUUGCUUAACGACAUUACCUAAAAGCUAGAUGCUUUGCAUCCCAGUAAUCUUCUGUGACAGAAACAUGCUGCAAUAGCAAAAAAAGAAAGAAAGAAAGGAAGGAAAGAAGGAAAGAAAGAAAGAAAGAAAGAAAGAAAGAAAGAAAGAAAGAAAGAUCAUCCUAGUACACUUGUUUAAAUUUAACUGUAAUUUGAUCUUGCCUUCAAAAAAAAAAAAAAACCAAAGAAAAAGGGAAAGCGCUAGAGAACUCACAAAUGAAAGUGGUAAUUCUUCAGAAAAAUUUUGGUUGGUUUUGCUUCUAAAAAUGUUUGCAAGGCUUUCCCUUAUUUUUGCUUUGGAACAUGUAUCAAUUCCAUUGUGAGUCUGGAAUAAGAUUUUUAAAAAAUCAUUUUCUAUGCAUGUCUGUGUCCUCACCCCGCACUCUUUUGACCCGGGGGGGGGUCAGGUGGGGCCCGGAGGUGUCCUUCCCAUUGCUCCUGCUUGAAAUGCUAGCUGGGAUUAUUAAAAAUAAAUAUCUAAAGUCCUCCAUAAAAGGGUCACGGGUUUGUUUCAUGCGUCGCUGCAGAUGCCACCAUCUCUCUGAAUAUAGAGAAGUGGUAAACGGGGAUCACGUCCCCGGCGAAUCCCGGACGGUCCAACGCCUUCGUCGCCGCUGAAGUCGCAAGGCGAGUCCGACCACAGGCCUCCUGUUGUAAGCUCCACAGUGCGCUUCUGGCCGCAACUGCAAUCAUAAAAAAAAAAAAACCCGGAACGUGGCUGAUGUUUGAUCUGACUGGUUUCAGUGGGGCUUUCCUCCCAAUAAAAUGUUCACUGGGGAAUUCGAAGCCGUUGCCCUUGCCCCCAAAAGACAUCUGUCAACAUUGUGCAAACGCAAAAUAAAGGGCAAAAGUAGAAAUCAAGUUUCGCGACACCAGAGUUUUAAACCCCACCACCACCACCACCCCGCGCUUUUUUUUUCUUUUCUUUUUGGGCGCUUGUCCGUCGAUCUUCUAAUAGUGGGAAGGCGUUGGCCUGUUGAAUCAGCCAAGGGUUUAUGACGUCACUUUUCUUUCCAUAAGGUAAUAUUGUCUUUUUUUAAGACUAAAAAAGGAUUUUCUCCGUCUAGCUGAUCAAACCGAAUUUCAAUUCUCCCAAACCCUAUAAUUAAGACAUUGCCUCGAUUGUUCCCAUGCGAGACAGCCUGAGAGGCAAAGACAGAGAAGAGACGGGGGCGUUUAGGGCCGAAUCGGAAGGGAGCAUGUGGGUCAUCUAGCUUAACCCCCCCUCUUCACGGCAGAGUUAGUCGGCACAAAAGAUUUUGUGGUCCGUUUAAUCAGUGGUGGGAUUCAAAUAUGUGAACCACCGGUUCUCUGCCGCUUCCGGAAGUCCAUUCUGGGCCUGGACAACAAAAAAUUAGCUACCGGUUCUGCCGAAGUGGUGCGAAUUGGCUGAAUCCCAGUACUGCCUUUAGUGCUUCUGGGACAUGGCACUAUUUUACUGGAUGAGAUCACGGCCUGUGGAUUUUAUGUACAAUGUGGCGUGCCUCGUGUGGCCUUUCUGGUGUCCCAAAAUGCUUCUUUGCGAAGUGAUUUCUGGCCGCGCCGCGCUGCGCUACUUGUCAGCUUUAAAGCGCUGGAGGUUUGUAAUAGGCGCGUCCUGACCCCCCUCCGCCGGAGUUGCGCCUACAGCCUCCGGAUCGCGCCCCUUCCGUUUCAUCUCGGCACUUUCGACAGCGCCGGCCCUAAAGUGUUGGCUUCCCUUUCACGGGCAUCCGUCGUAAAAACUCGGCUCGAUGAUUCGAUGGGCCGCUGCCGGCGAGGGUGGGAUUUGAUUUGAUUUUGGAACCCAAGGAAGGAAAAAAUUAAAAAAAAAAAAAAAAAAAACAACCCGAGAAAGUUUGACUAGCCGUUGGCGGCCUUAGAAUUAGAAGAGAGGAAUGAUUUGUUUGCCUUUCUUAAGUACCCACGGGUAUUGAAGAUCAUUUUUGACGAAUUUCAAGGAGCGAGGGUUGCUUUAAAAUAUAUACGCCGUCGUUUAGGUUUGCAAGCCGGUUAAACGUCGCGGUUUAGGGAGAAGAGGUCCAUCCCGAGCGGGGUUUCCUUUUAAGUAAACAGUUGGCCUCGCUUGCUCCCGAGCCUGGGGGAGAAAGCCGAAUAACGUCGAGACGCGAAAGGCCGACGCGCCUGAAAACAGAACGAGAAAAACGUAGACGUGCUUUGCUUAAAAAAAAAGAAAAGAAAAAAAAGUGUCGUUCCCGCGCUAAGCACCCGGGGAAUGGGGGACAAUUCAAUUGGAAGCGGGAAUACAAGCACCCCUGGAACCUGAGAUCGUAAAGGAACAGUUGUUUGAGCUCUGGCACUCCCAAACCUAUCAGAAUCUUUUCCUUCUCAAGCCGUCAGCCCACGGUUCAAGGUUAAAGUGAAAAGCUCCAAAGCUAGAGAUAAGUUGCUCUCCAAUUAACUUAGGGGAUGGGGAGAAAUUUGCCCCCUUCGCUAUUCCCUUCCCGUCCCUCCCCCGCAUCCCCCGUUUAAGUGGGAUGCUUCCAGCCAGGACAGCUUCUCAGGAAUGGGGAAAGUGAUGCGUGGUAACUUGGAUGCGGGAUCAGUUGGAACUGAAUUACACUGAAAUGCAUACACUGCAACAAUUUACGGCUCACUUCCUAACAGUGAGAAAAUAAACGUAAUUUUGAAGGCUACCAAGUUCAGGGAUUUCAGAAUUUGCAGAGCCCUCGCGGGAAAACACCAUUGCACUCCGAGGGCUUGGUUGAGCCGUCCGAUUUCCUGCUGGAUUCAUUUGAGUCCCAACUGGCCUCUCUUUGAAUUUAGGGAAUUUAGGCCCUCAGAAAUACCCAUCCCUGGGCACUGAGGACCAAGCUGCUUCCACGGGCUCGUCAGCCUCCUGCUCCUUCAAACGUGGCCCGUUGUGUUAGUGACUGUCGGCUCUUCUCUCUAUGCCAGAACAGGGAAGAACGAUGCAGUUUAAAAGUCCUAACUGGCCAGAGAAUAUUCUCCAAAUAUUCAUUUCCGAAUUUAAUAUCGAAUUUUACGAAGAUGAGCCGAUCUUAAGCAGGUUUUUUUUUUUCAAACAAAAAUGUUACCCAUAUUCUGUUACCGUCCGAUGUUGGCAUUCAUGAACUUCCUAGGGAUCUUUCAGCAAGCCGCCCCCUCCCCCUAAAUUUAAGGGGGAUAAUCUAUUUCACUUUCUUACGUCUCAGGGACUAUGCAGAAGGACUUGGGUUUAAGUAAAGAGUUGGGGUGAGACUAAAAUGCAAUUGAUGUUUUUCAAGGCCUGUGCAUUGAAUAAACCAAGGUGCUUUUCAAAUGCGUUGGACUACUACACAACCUCUAUCAGGUGGGAGAAGGGUGGGAAUCGUAGCCAAACGCAUCCGGAGUGUAACAGCUGGAGAAAAGUGGAUAAUGUGAGAAACAGAAAACCACAUUGGGGAUUGACUGGUUCUGCUUUAACUUGCGGUGUGAACCACUGUGGUUUGUAAAUUGUGAUUCAUGGUUUAGCACGAUAGGGGAUCUCAGCCACUGUGGUUUGGUAAACAUGGUUUGUGGCUUUUGGCACGGUACAAGUUGGAACAAUUGUGGUUUUUUCAGCACAGCAGAACUAGCGGGAUGUGGUGGGCAUCUGGGCUUUGAAUCGCCUGAUUCUUUGUGAUUCCAGCCGAUUCUCUUGAGAAGCCAGAACGAAGUGCUCUCCGGAUCCGCCCAGUCUUGCCCUCUGGCCUUUACGCGUGCUUGGGGAUGUGGGGACGUCUCUCGGCUUUUGAAUGCCCCAUAGGGCAGGGCGACGUCGGCCUUUGCACAGAUCCCCCGCCAUUCUCGGACGGAGAGUAACGAUUUCUUUGAAGUGCUCAAUGGCUUAAUCAGUUGGCGGAGCAAGACGGAGCGAUUCGGUCAUGAGCUAAAAGUCACAGCGACGCGACUUCUAUGCUCGCUCCAAGAAAAACCGUUACCCCCCACCGCCUGCAUUCGAGCGCCACAGCCACCGCUCGGCUGCCUUGCGCGGUUUCAAUCCCACGCUCGUUUUCAGGAAGGCUCCCGGCCUCGGGCGAUGCUCUUCUUUUGCUGUUGUGUGCAGGGGGAAAGUCUGGUUCAUCCCGCUUGAGACCUGGUCCCGCCCUACGGCUGACGGCCUGAUUCCAUCCGAUGACAGCUUUUACAGGCGUCGCUCCUUUAAAGCUCCUCUUUGCCACGUUUGUCAAUACAAAGAAGGAAUGAAAAGUUGAGUCGCUCAAGAUUAGAUCCCACCGUUAAUCGCUCGGAUUAAUUUGCCCUGCCAGGGUGUUCUGCCGGGUGAAUCAGCCAGCAUUUUUGUGCUCUGCCUGUUUUAACUGCUGCAGAGGUGGAGGUAAAGAGUUUAUGCGGAGGCGGGAGAGUUGUUGCCUUUGCUACAGCGCCGUUUCUAGAGAGCGCGCCCUAGAAUCCCAGAGUUAUCUCUACUGAUAUUGCCGCCUCUUUGUACCCAUUAAAUCCACGCAGAUGCAAGCAAGGAUCUUGAAGGGACCCCAAACAGAUACCAGCACCAGCCGCCGCUUCACGCCGCCCUCCACCACUCUGAGCCCGGGCAAGAUGAGCGACGCGCUGCCGCUGGUCGGCCAAGAGAACGGCAGCAGCGCCCUGGUGGGGAAGCUGAGAAACGCAGAUCGCAGCAUGGUGGAUGUCUUAGCCGAUCAUCCGGGAGAACUGGUCCGCACCGACAGUCCCAACUUCCUCUGCUCUGUCCUGCCGACCCAUUGGAGGUGCAACAAGACUCUGCCGAUCGCCUUCAAGGUGGUCGCAUUAGGAGAUGUCCCUGAUGGGACUUUGGUCACAGUUAUGGCUGGAAAUGAUGAAAACUACUCUGCAGAACUCAGAAAUGCUACUGCUGCCAUGAAGAAUCAAGUAGCAAGAUUCAACGAUCUAAGAUUUGUCGGUAGAAGUGGAAGAGGGAAGAGCUUCACACUGACUAUCACAGUCUUCACAAAUCCUCCACAAGUAGCCACGUACCAUAGAGCUAUCAAGAUAACAGUGGAUGGACCUCGAGAACCAAGAAGACAUCGUCAGAAACUGGAUGAGCAGACAAAGACUGGAAGUUUGUCCUUUUCAGAGCGCCUGAGUGAACUGGAACAGUUGCGCCGCACAGCUAUAAGGGUUAGCCCACAUCAUCCAACCCCAGCACCUAACCCAAGAGCUUCCUUGAACCACACAACUGCUUUUAAUCCUCAACCCCAGAGUCAGAUUCAGGAUACGAGGCAACUUCAGCCAUCUCCUCCCUGGCCUUAUGAUCCAUCCUACCAAUACCUGGGAUCAAUUGCAACUUCUUCUGUUCAUCCAGCCACACCCAUUUCACCCGGAAGGGCUAGUGGGAUGACCUCCCUUUCUGCAGAGCUUUCAAGCCGGUUAACAAGUGCUUCUGACCUAACAGCGUUCAGUGAUCCAAGAGUAGGAAUUGAUCGUCCAUUUUCUGCCAUUCCUUCCAUUUCUGAUCCUCGUAUGCACUAUCCAGGAGCAUUCACCUAUACUCCAACCCCAGUCAGCUCAGGAAUAGGAAUUGGCAUGUCUGCCAUGACCACCGCCACCAGAUAUCACACAUACCUACCACCUCCCUAUCCAGGUUCUUCUCAGGCUCAAGGUAACCCAUUUCAGACCAGCUCUCCUUCGUAUCAUCUCUACUAUGGAACAUCAGCAGGAUCUUACCAAUUCUCCAUGAUGUCUGGUGGUGAUCGGUCUCCCCCACGUAUUCUGCCUCCUUGCACUAAUGCUUCCACCGGAUCUACUUUACUCAAUCCCAACCUUCCAAACCAAAAUGAUGUUGUGGACACUGAAGGCAGUCAUAGCAACUCCCCCACCAAUAUGGGAACAACAGCAAGAUUAGAAGAAGCAGUGUGGCGACCAUAUUGAAUUAUUAUUACAGGUGUCUAUUCUGACAAUGUCCAUGAUUUUAUAUGACAAAUGAGAGCACUGCCAUGUUUAUCUUUCACACAGAAUAGCAAUCAGUUCUGAAGUCAGUAUUUCUGGAAAUAUUGCUAUGAUGUUCUCUGAUUGAUUUUGCUCAGUGAAGUGAUUACAUUCUCAUAGACUUUUUCCAAGUCUGAACUUCAGAAAAUAAUAAAGGUUUAAGAUAGUAGUUCUGUUCAUUCAUGUUGGCUAUAAAUAUGGAGAAGGAUAGAUACCCAAUAUGUGUCCAGAGUUUCAGACUUUGAAAUUUAAAGUAUUUUGUUUGAUGUCUGGUGCUGAGGCAUUCAGUCUUACACAAUCUUAAAUAAUUUAAUCAAUCAUUUCAACCUGUAAGUUAAAAGGAAGUAUACAAUGAUUCUCAAAGAGAAACUGUGAAUGCUUCUAAUUUAGCAAUGCUGUGAAUAAGAGUUUUUAUAUCCUGGAAAUAAUUUUUUAAUCAAGUUGUAUAUUCCAAAGAAUACAGGAAUUGUUUUUAUUUUUAUUAUGUUUUUGAGCUGCAAUUCAUCCUUCUUUGUGUAUCAUCUUCCUUUAUUGGCACCUUAAAAUUUGCAGAAAGUUUUAAUCCUUUUUUUUUUUAUAACGUGCUCACUUUUCUUGUACUUUUGUCAGCUAAAUGCAUCUACAAAAGCCUCUUUUCUAGAAAAAUAAUUUAAUUUUUUUAAUAUAAAGGAGUGACAACCUACAGUCCUUCUCAACUACUGAAAAAGUACAUGAUAAGUUGAUCAAUAUUUAUGCUCUGCAUUGAACUUUUGUAUGUGAUGCUUUUAUUUAAAUAAUGCUUUGAAAAUAAGCACAUACAUUUUGUAGCAACCAAAGUUUAAAAUUAUUACAUAUAAAAUGGCUGGAAUACUUAUGGAUAAUGUGACUUAAUUAUUUAGAAAUAUUGUUUACAUUUAGCUCCAUUUCAUUCUUAUCAAUAAUUUAAAUGAAGUCACUUUUGUCCAAUUGAGAAACCAGGUUUCUUUUAAAAUCUUAUGAUGAUAUAAUGUCUUUGAAUAAGAAGUUUAGGUUGUAUUUGCUGCAUUUGGAUGCUGACUUGGGCACUGGAAGCAAAGAUUUGUCUCAGAGUAUAUAUUUCAGAAUUUCUCAUACAGUGUGAUAUUUAUAUUCCAUCAACUUUCUUAAAGACAACAGAAGUGAAAAAAAAAAUCAAACAACACAACCAAAUAUUAUCAUUCUAAAUGAUUAUCAAGUUGCACAUUGUGGUCAAAAUACGAUACACCCCAAUUUUCUCCCUUGCCCUAAUAGGAGAUACAGCCUUCAUUUAAGGCUGUAUCCUAGUCACGUUCAUUGAAAGCGCUCCCCCCAUAUGACACACAAUCCAAAGCAAUCUUACACAAUUGAAGUUUAAACAAAAUAGUAGCUUAAGUGUGUGAUUCUUCAUUCUAGGCAUAUGUUCACUCAUCCUCAGUUACUUUGCACCCUUAUAAGAGGGGUGGGCAACAUUGAGACUACUGAACCUGUUUUUGGUCACCUGGGUAACUCCCAAACUUCCCACCGAAAUUCAGAUAUUCAGAAUAUUCACAUAUUGUGAUUUUCAGAGGUAAAUUAAUAAAAAUAUGCUACAUUUAAAAUGCAUUGGGGAAGUGGGGGGCAAUCCAAAUGUGUAAAAUAAGAUCAAGAAAUGUCAUCUACCACUUCAGAAAGAUGAUUUCAUCAUAACCUGGAUACCAAAGUGUAAUUUAUGGACACACAAAUGUCUGUUCAUAAUGUAUAAAGAAAAAUGCAGAUACUUUCUCUCCCUGUAGGAAAAGCAUCUCACUCUUUCACUUUCUAUAAGUAGAUAGAGGCAUAGCAUAUAUACCAUAAAGUUCUAAGCAGCCCCACCCUGACAUCUUUCCAAUAUUCAAACUUGCAGUUUUCUGUGGAUGCUUGUGGUCCAGAAAUAAACUCUUGAAGAACAACUGGUUCAUAUGGAAUGUGGGCCUCACAUCUUUAGGUGGUUUUAUGUUUGCAUAUCCCACCCUGUAACUUGGUGUGUUUUUUUAUUUGGUUCUGUUUGGAUUUUAUAAAAUAACUUAACAAUGGUAGUUGUUUAAAAAAUGGCACUGUUUUCUAGUAUAUCUCAAACAUACAAAACCUUACUUUAAAUUAAGCAGCACUAGUUUAUGUGGGAUCUGAAUGCAGUCAUACUCCUUAAGACCACCCCAUGCUCUCAAUUUCUAUCAGAAGAAUUCAUAUCUGGGCACAUUCAUUAAUAAUGAAUAGCACGCUUCUCUUCCAAUUUAUGCAGAAGUAAGUACCCUCUAUACUUACUUGAGAAUAAGCCUCAAUGCACACAAUUCACUAGCUUCUUCCAGAAACAGACUGGAUUAAAUCCAUUUUAGCACUCUAUGUUCUGAGAAUAUAACAAUAAAAAGCACUGAGCUUGAGCUGGGUAAGAUUCUGGACAAGCCAAUAAGCUUUAAGUGCUUGGUUGGCAUAUGCAGUGUUAUAGAUGUCAGCCAGGUUCAGAUGAAAAGUUGCAAAAGGCCACGGGUAAGCACUUUGCAUGUAUUCAGAAUGCACUAAACUUACAAGAAUUGGGAAAGCCACCUUACACCAGAUGAGGCCAGUUGUUUACAUAGUCCAAUAUUAUCUACUUCAGAAUCAGCUGAUAUUUCUGGCAUUGAGCACCAUUGGCCACAUCUUUAGCAAUCUCAUAAGAUUUUGCUAUAAUUUCACAGGAUUCUCUUUUCGCAAUUUUAAAUAUUGCUAUAAUUUGAACAAAAGUUACCUUGUGCGGUUCUAGGACCUGGUGCCCACAGACACCUUGUUACUGAUACCUGAUGUGCUGUCAAUAAUAAUUUUCCAUGAUCAGACGUUUUUCACAAUAGUUGCUAACCGUCCUUUCAGUUGGCAAUGUCAGCGAUUUAAGGUCAAGAUCCUUCUGUAUGCAAAGUAUGUGCUUCACCAGUGAGUUAUGACUCAGUUUUUGCAGGUGUGCUGGUUUCCUCUUACAUGCGUUCUGUUCUAUCCUUUUUUGUACAGUAUACCGUAAACAUUCAGAAAACAGUGCAGUAAUAUAGGAAGGUCUUCAGCUGAAAGCACUACAUCUACUGUUUCAACUAUUACUUUUUCAUACCUUUCAGCUAUCUUCCUGGAAGUAAAUUCAUAUAGCACUCCCUAGAUUAAAAUGUGACAGUACUAACAAUUACUUAUUUCUUAUUUUAUUGUAUUAAUCCUUAUCCCUGGUGGGCUCUUUACCUAAUAUUUAAGAUGCCCUAAUUCAUUGCCUUCUUCUCCCCCUCCCCUGAAAACUAACCAGAUUUGAUUUUCCAAACCAGAUUUGAUUUUCAUGACAUUGUCAGUAUUAGAAUUUGAAAGGCAAUUAAUCACAAAUGAAUGCCAAUGAACUUUAAAAGUGUAUAUUCAAGAUUUCAAGUAUGAAUUUGACCAUAAGAUACAGAGAAUCUACAUUUUUUUAACUUGAUAUCUUCCAGAUGUGUUGGAUUUCAUCUGUCAUCAUCCCCAUCCACUUUUGAUAAUUGUAAUGGUUUCAUAAACAUUUUCAGUAGUUGGGGGGAGGAAAGCAUUUCACUGGACUUUAAUUUUAUAAGACAUUGAUCACAUUUGAUUUUAUCCUGCAAAAUAUUGAUUUGUAAUUAGAAAUACUAAAACAAAGUUACUCCUAAAGAUAUGGCUUUUGAAAUAUACAGACAUCCCAUGAUAAUAAAUGUGUUGAAUUUCUGUUGGAUCUCAUUCAGAAGGAACAGUUGUAAGAUGAUAUACUUAUAAUCCAGUGUUUUUGCCUGCCUUUAAAUAGUAAGCAACCUCUGUGAUGCUUUUACUUUUGGAGCAAUGGUUUUUAUGACUGCAUUCUGUGAAGCAAAAUGGGAGCACUCUCUGUCGAACAAUCUUCUCUAAUGUUAUAUGACAGCCAUAUAACACCAGAUUACACUAAAUCUCUCAAAGAGGCCACCUCAGAGGAAAAUUUCUGUUUUAAUGAAACGUAGUUGGGUAAACUUAAUUUAGGACUUACUGGUUCCAUGUUUGGAGUGCUUUGUUUUCCUAAAACAUAGAAUCAAACUUGAUAAAGCUGAUUACAUAUUAAAGUAAAACUCAUCUGGAGCCCGGUAAAAGACAUAUUCUAAUACUGCCUUUCUCAAGCCAGUGUUUUGAAGAUGUGCUUGAUUUCAAUACUGAUCAGAAAUUCUGGGCAUCAAAAUCAACAAAUAUUUGGAGAGCAUCAGCUGUUCUAUAUUCUGUAUUAAUCAAUUAUACAUUGGAGUUCCUUUUGAUCCUGAAAAAAAAACUAUUCCUUUUAUAGCAAUUUGUUUUAUUCUUCUGUCUGACAAUUUUUUCCUCCAAUUCAACAAUAUUACCAUCUUGUAAAACAGAUCAGGGAGUACCUGGCUUAAUAACAAAUAGUGAUUUCUUUAUUGAAAUGAAUUUGAUUUUAGUUGAGCUAAACUGAUUUAAAAAAAAUAACAUGGGGGGCUAUCAAGAUUCAUAACUGAGUUUAUAAACAUACUUAUUAUCUGUAAAAAGAAAAAGUAAAACUUAUUUCAAGUGGCUAUAUAUUUGAGGUAAAAAAAACCUCUGAUACUGCUGUUGAAAUAACAUUUUUUUCUACAUCAUAAUUCAGUGGAAUAAAUGGUUCUUAUUUAUUUCUGCUUAUUAAGAUUUCUAUUAAAGGGCCAAGCUGAUUUCCUACACAUAAUUAUAAAGUAUUCAUUAUGGUCCCCAGAAGAUUUUUUUACAAUUGCUUUUUUAAAAAAUCCAACCUUUGUUUUUAACAUUUUGCCAUUCUAUCAACCUUUUCUUGAUUUCCAUUGGAUAAUACUAUCCACUAAUUAUUUUGUUCUACUUGUGAUAAAAAGGUUGUCAUGAGACUUAAUUGUAUUUAUGUAUGUAAAUAAGUUUUAAAGGCUUCAUAGAACAUAUUGGUAUUGCUUGUAAGUAUUUGACAUUUUCCUCCUUUACACCUUUUCUGAAUUCACUUUUCUUAAAUAGUGUAGAGAACUUUCUUCCAACUUAAAUCAUUUUAGGUUUUGAGAUGAACUGUUUUAGUUACUUUGUAAACAGUUAAAGCAUGGUUUUAUGUGGCACAUUGAAAUAUCUUUGUUGGUUUUUUUUUGUUGUAGAAGAAUGUGCAAGCAACUGUGGGUUAUUUGUGGUAUUUGAAAAGUAGCAGACCCAAGUUAUAAAAGUGAAAUGUUUCAGGAAAUGUGAAGUGGUAAAUCUUAUGAGUGAACAACAUAAAUAGCAAACUAUUUAUGAGAACUAUGUUAGGACCUGCGAAUUCAACUUUUCCUAGGUGUAUUUAUGAUCAGCUUAUACUGUGUACAAGAAUUGCCACAUCUUUUCCUGAUACAGCUAUAUGAAUCACUUUUAGAAGGGGUUCUCCCCAAACAAUAGUGUUUCUUCCAUAGGGGAAGAACUGUCCAUUUUUACCCACUCAACUAUGUCUCUAGUUGCAUAGGCCCUUCUGCAUAACAAGGUCAAUGUGUCCAGAAGAAUUUAUUGUGAGUAGCAUGCAGAGCAGCUGGACUGUUGCAUUACUUCUACUGGAAACUUGCUUUCUUUGUACCGUAACUCUUCUGUACAUUCAAUAUUACAAUUAGUAUCAAUGACAAAUAAACUGUUUGAGAAGUA